AUGCUCAACUCUGAGUGGUCUGAAAUCGAAUUGAUUCGUCUUCGAAACGACUUCAACAGCGGCCUAGGAUUCGGUCUUCUUGGCAACAAAACUACAGGUGUUCUCGUGCGAAACAUUGUGCCUGGAGGAACUGGCGAUCUAGUAAGUAUCCAUAUCAUUUGUGUUUUUGUGGUUAAGACAGGAAAUCUUCGACCAGGCGACGUAAUUUUGCGGGUUGGAGAGGUUUCCACCCGAGGCUUGGGUCCAGAUCAGGUAGCUCGCCUCCUUAGACAAUCCGUCGUAUCCAGUUACGUCUUUAGCGGUGCUUCUGUAGACACCACCUCAAGCACCAGUUCUACUUCCACUGUCACCACGAACACUGCCAACACUAACAUGUCAAGUGCAAUUCCAGUCAGCUUGUUGGUUGCCCGGCCGGCUCAAGGCAGUCCCACUGCCCUGGCUACUGUCUUUGAGGAGCAAAGUCGGCAAGUCAAGGCUCGACAACCCCUCGGACCUCUCUGCAUUGUGCCAACGGAGAAAUUAGAUGAGUCGUUGGACUGCCUCGCCGAUCUUAUGCUUCCACUGCGUCCAUCCACUCCAGCAGCCUCAAAAACGCCUCCUGAAGUUCUUCAGGAAGCAACUCAAGCCUCACAUAAGGAAGGGUGUGUGGAGACUUCAAUACUCUCCCCAGUGCUGGGAGUGGAAGAUAGUGCUAGAGGAGAGGAGCCAACAGAGGACUGUGUGGAGUUCUCCGUGCUUUUAAAAAAGCCGUCUGGAGCGCAGAAUUGUGGCCUAGGACUCACUAUUGUGGGUUAUGUGUCGGAGAAAGAUAAGGAUAGAGCUGUGACAGGAAUCUACGUGAAAGACGUCCUGCCUCAUGGAUUGGCCAGUCUUUCUGGUAAAAUAAAACAGCACGACCAAAUCAUCAAGGUGAAUGGAAUUGAUUUGAAGACUCUCUCCAACAAAGCUGCUGCAAAUUUGCUUAAGACAGCAGGUCCGGUCGUCCACCUGACCUUCCUUCGACACACUUCUGGUCGCGUCUGUGAACAGCUCAAACAAUUGGUUUCUUCUUCCGCUCCACGCUCACGGACACGGCAGACAUCGGCGACCCUUCCCAGCGGCUUCCAUAGGCGAUACCAACGUCAUCACUCACGUCGGAAAUACGCCACAAUAGGCUCAAAGUCCUAUGGAGCCCUUUGCAUUCCGCGUGAACCACGCAAACACUUUGGCACAUGUCCAGCACAGAGUGAGCUUCUUGUAGCACCGCUCGUAAACUCGGACGAAUCUGAAGACUCCAGUGAAGUGAUGCGAAGCAUUCUGGGCCCAUCAACGUGUCAGAGCCUUCCAAUGCUGUCUGCAGCCAGACUGAUGGAGGCAACAUCGACAAUAUCCACGUCUCCUUCUUCCAUAUCGACUAAGGAGGAUGUCGAGGGGUUGCAACGGAAUUCUACGCCUACAGGGUUGCAGGAGGAGCAAACGACCUCAUCGACGGCUGCAUCCAUGACACUGAACAGUUCACCGCUAGAUGAGAUGGAUGAGAUUGAAAUCUCUAGUAGUAUGAACUCUCCAGUACGUACAGGGCUGCAUUUGGCGGUUGAAUGGUUUGAGUUGAAUCAACUAAGGGCUGCAAUACACUACGGUGAGUUCAUUCCUUGCGAUAGUGUUUUGAAGCAUGCUCCAACACAGUUCGAUUUAUUUUACCGAGUUUUAAUGCUUUUUCAAUUUUCCUAUCAACUAGCUGGACGCAUAACUCCAGAGUUGGUGAAGUUGAUGGUGGAUGUGUGGACGCCAAUUGUUGGAUUGGGAAAAGAUAUCUUGGUCAUUAGAGUGGUUCGACCAAAAAACUUGCGUCAACUGGGAUUCUCCCUAAUUGGAUCCACUAUCGACCCGACACGAACGAAUCCAAUAGAGUCGUCUACGCGUCCGGAGCACCAGCAAGAGUCGGAAGAUGGUGAAGGUGGUGCUAAAUCCCCAGUGGAGAUUUCGAGUGAAGAGGCCUCGCGACACUUUGUCCACACUGUCUUGCCUGGUGGCCUUUUCUCCAAUCUGAACUGUCUCAAACCGGGUGAUGAACUUCUUCAGGCGAGUUGCUCUUCUAACGAUUUUUUGUGUAAGGAGUUCACUUGUCCUUCGAUUCCGACCUUCAAGGUUAAGCCUUGUCCACUUAAUCCGAAUGUUGUUCAUUUCGGUUUGACCAAACACUGGACGGUUUACAUCAGUGGGCCUGCGUUUGUCUCGCAGCUUCUUAUUAUUCAAAUUAUUGUUUACGGUGAACUUGAUAUUGUGAUCGGUUCCUUUAGACAGGUGGUGAAUGGUUACAGACUUCACGGCCACUCGCACGUCGAGGUAGUCCGCUGCCUUCGUUGCCUACCUUCACACAUCGAAUUGGUAAUUGCACGUCAGCCAGAUUGCGCAGGCAUGAACGGUGUCAAUGUUGGGGAUGGCGAUGGUAUUUCCACCCUUCUUGCUGACAAUGUUAACGAUUCUGAUACCAUAAUGCACGUUGCCGCCAGCGAAAUUGGAUCUGUGGCCACUGGUGUGGACGACAUAGAUAGCUCCUGGACAGGUCUCUCACCCGUAACCCUCCCAACCCACCCUCCAGAUCAAAGGAUAUCUGAGUGGAUUAGAGGUUCACAAUCCGAUAUUCGUCUUCCUGAGGCCAAAAUUCCUUCUGCUAAGGACCCGAGUUUAUUGCCUUUUGAGUCGGCAGCGGCAUCACCAACCUUGAGUAGUGUGAUCGGCGCCUCCCCACCAGUCUCCGCAUUAUUAAAUGACGGGCACGUGGGCCUAAAACCAACUUGGUCAACAGUGCCCCUCAUCGUGAUGCUGCAUCGGGACAAACCCGGCUUUGGAUUCUCUAUCUCCGUUUAUGACGAAGGUUUGGGUAGUGGUAAAAGCACAAUACGACAUAGUAGCACACUGAGGCGAUCCUCCUCUCUCAGUCGCCGUCGUACCGUUGCCGGUGAUAUGAACCGCUCAGAUGAAGAUCGCUUUGCCACAAUCUGUCGAAGUAGCUCCCUCUCCUCUGACACUACCAUCCGUCGUGGUAGUUUCCUCAUCAUCAAUUCCAUCUCACGUGGCAGUUGUGUCGAUCUGGACGGUCGAAUCAACGUCGGCGACCGUUUGCUCUUCGUUAACGAUCGAAAACUCACUCGUGCUACUCUCGGUGAAGCUGCUAACGCUCUACAUAACGCUCCACUCGGUUAUACCAUGGUUGGAGUUGCUAAAAUGUCCCUGGUACCUAGCUCACCACCACUCGCCAUUGCCUCCUCACCACAGUUCACCGCUCUUGUCUCCAGUCCCGAUGAUUCCAUGGCCAUGCAGGCUGUCUGUUUGCUGAUAAACCCCAUCCCCUGCAUGGCUGCAGGUUAUGUGUCUGUAAUUCGUUCACGUCCCCUCUACUAUCGAUCGAUGGUGACCAAUCGGGAUAAGCACUUGUGGGGUGACAACUCAUUGUCCUCACCCCAACUAGUUAGUAGACGCCUAGUUGACGAAGUACUAGAAUACGCCAGAGACAUAGCGAGCAUUGUGGAGGAGGUGAUAUCCUUGGCUCUAGUUGAGUUCCUCCAGAACUUCAUCACUACGCCUCUGGAAGAACAGGUGGAAAAGAUAGAGCCCACCGAAACUGUUGAAGUACUGGCAGCCUCCCCGAGCGUCUUCUAUCUUGCCUCUAUGUACGAAAUUCCUGUCGUUAUGGUGAUGGCGCAAGGUGUAGAACUGAUGGAAUGUGAUCAUGAUGACGAAGACGAUGAAUACAGUAGUCUAGAAUCGUUGGAUACCUCCUCGGAGCAGUCAGAGUUGAGUCAGUCCUCGGAAGACUGGUUGGCCAGCUUAGAAUUUGUGCGGGACACCGAGGAGGAGUUCGCCAAGGAGCAUGUGAAGGAUCAUCCUCUGGAUUACUACACUCCGCUGGUUUUGGACGUCGAGGAGGUGCCCUUCCAUGCAGCUGCUCUGGUGGUGCCUGAGAUGAACCCCGAUGAGGAGAAGAUAAUCCGUGUUAAAACCCACAAUCUGCCUCUCGGUUGCGAGCUGGACGCUCUGGCAGCAGGUGGUGUUGAUGGCUGUCGAGUGGUGAAGGUUCUUCGAGGCGGAGCCGUGGAGAAGACUGCAGCUCUUGUCCCUGGCGACUACAUUACUCGAAUAAACUCUGACAACCUUCGUCGCGUCACGAAUGCCGAGGCGUUUCGCAUUCUUCGAAAGGCCUCCAUGGAGUGCAACACAAUUGAGCGAGUUUCUUAUUCUAUAGCACUGAUUGGCUACUACCCUGGUGAGAGGGUGAUAACUCAUAGAAUCAAGCACGUUCGACCCAAGUCGAUGUCAGGCGAGACCGAAAGUAGUCGAUACUUCCAAGUGAAUGGAUCCGGUGCCUCUGGCAGUUUGAUUGAAGAGCUACAACCACCGGAUCUAAUUAUCACAACAGAACCCUUGACUCGGCUUUUGUCGGAGGACUUCUCACAAAAAUCGGGGUGGCUGCAAACACGGGAGCUUAAAUUGCUCAAAUUGCCUGGAGAAGACACAUGGGGUCUCUCUAUAACUGGUCCAGAUGUAUGGCAGAACAACGAAUUGUCCUCUACAAUUUCAUCACUUCCGCCAGAGGUCUCCCAGCCCGUCUUCGUCUCUAACGUCGCCGCCAAUACCGCAGCCGGUCGAUGUGGACUACUGGAACCUGGAGAUAUCAUAAUCGGCGUGAAUGGCAUGGAUGCGACGCGAGUGGGAUGUCGCACAGUGGCUGAAUGGAUCCAGACAGCUAAUUUCGUAUCAUCGCCCUCCUCUGGGUCUUCGGAAGACAACGAGUCUUUGGAGGCCGCAGAGUGGGCCUUCCUCUAUCUCCUUGUCCUUCCAUUGCACUCUUCUUCGUCUUCCUCUUCUUCUCCCUCUGUCAGAAGGCCGAUUGUCGAUCUUCAAUCCAUUCCACCUGUAGCUCUGGGUACUGAUUCGUCUGCUCUACCUGGACAGGAUAGGGAUGGACGUCCUCUUAGUUUCAUUUGCAACUCCAGCACUCUUGUGCGCUCCGCUUUUGUCUCUUCCAACGACUCCUCCAUGGAAGAACCCACUUCCGUAGCAUCAUUGGAACUUCACGGGUAUCUUCCUGAGCCAUUGGGAAUCUCCAAUCUCGCCAUCUCACCACCAGCAGCUCCGGUACAGAUGCCAUCGCUGCCACCACCACCGCCACUUCCAUCGAAGGAUGGAGAAGAGAUCCCAACAGACUCCCAGUUACCACCACCACCACCACCACCACCAGCAGUGGCAAUCUCUGACGUGCCGCCUCCUCCACCUCCACCGUCGCCGGUGUUGCAACAGCCUAUUCCCUCUGUUCAGACAGUCGAGUCCCAGUCAGCGUGGCGCAAUCUUGGGUCGUCUUGUCUUAGUGCCUCGUUGGCUCAACUGACACAAACUUAUCGUAGACCGACCCUGUCUGACGACGAAAUCCAUGUUGUUGCGAUAACUUUGCCUCCUUCAACUUCCACAUCUGGAGGUGAAGGGGCUUCUGGCAACGAGUCAAUCGAGGGAUCAUCCUCUGACUGUGAGACGGGCCUCGGGGUUCGUCUGGUUGGUCACAGGGACACUAAUUCUCGGGGCGUUUUCGUCUGUAGCUUACGUGAGGGUUCAAUAGCUGAUCGCACGUCUGGCCUACAAGUUACUGACGAAAUAGUUCAAGUAAACAAUGUUUGCGUGAUGGGACUGACUCACGUCUCGGCAAAACUUCUGAUCGCUAAAGAAGCUGAGCUGGCUCGACGCGGUGGUAGUGAUGGCGGUAAUAACGAAGCAAAGAUAUUUCUUGUCAUUCGUCACAAUGUUGCCUACAACGCCUCGGUGAUGGCCAAACCUGCUUCUGGCACCGCUCCCACCGGUUGUGGACACUUUCUUCAUCACUCUGCACUUCGUUCUGCCUCCCAGCCCUGCAUGGCCAAGGCAACACCUCAGUCAUCCAAACGCACUGAGUACGAAUUUCUGGACGUCACCAUCGAAAGAAAUGCUCAGGGUGGUCUGGGUCUCUUCUUGGUGAAUAUGAACCCUCGUGGCGAUCUGGGUGUCUUUGUGCAAAGUUUGCUGCCUACCAGUCCGGCCGGUAUGUCGGGCCAGGUUCGAAGUUGGGAUCGCAUUGUGGCGAUUGACGGAGAGCCGGUGCAGGAGUACGAUGCCGCCUUGGCCAAGCUUACCACCUGUCAUCCAUUCGCUAAUCUGAGAUUGGCUCGCGCAAAACCAUUAUCCGGCUGUGCAGCAAUGACUGGGGGAUCAUCCGGUCAGCUCGCCUUGACGACAAUUGAUUUGCCACGCUCCUUUUCACCUCACUCCCCACCCACACCUAUUUUGCCUGGAGUGGAGACUACGGUGGAGAUUAUUCAUUCCUCGUCUGACCUCGGGUUCUCUGUGGUUGGAGGCUCUGACACCCAGAUGGGAGGCAUUUUCAUUGAGAAGAUUCAUCAAGGUGGAACAGUUUAUCGCGACGGGCGAUUGCGUGCGGGUGAUCGAAUCCUUGCGGUGAAUGACACAGAUCUACGUAGAGCAACUCACGCUGUCGCUACAAAGGCUCUACGAGAGGCAAAGCAGCAUCUAUUUCUGACGGUCCUGCGAGGCAGUGGAGCAAUUCCUUUCUCACUCAACGAAAUUAUGCAGACGUACAGCGUGGCGCUUCAGAAACAGCCGGGGUCUACAUUCGGUAUCGUGCCUGUUGACUAUCAUUCCGGAGGUGUGAUCAUUUCGGAGAUUGUGGCUGGCAGUCCAGCAUCGCAUGCGAGUGUGCUGCAUCCUGGCGAUGUGAUCCUAGAAGUCGAUGGUUUAGAUGUACACAAAGCCUCCUCGCAGGAUGUUAUAGCACUUCUCAAGCAAUCAUCGAAUCACAUUCUCCUCAAAACGGGUCGUCUAAAACCACCCAGAGGACAGCCAAUGCCUCGACUGAGACUAUUCACAGUCCUACUCACUCGUCCCCUCAUGGCUCCGUCACAGCAGAAGGACCUCGACGUCUCCAUCUCCGCUCCCGUUCUGAAGCAAAAAGCAGUGCCAAGUGAAUUGCACAGUACACUUCCAAACGUCUUUGGGAUGGUUCUAAGAUCCACCACAACUGGCGAGAGCAUAUACGCGCCUGGAAAUCUCGUCAUUGAAAGCAUUACACCCGGCUCCGCUGCCUCCCGCUGUGGCAUGCUCCAGAUUGGAGACCGCCUUUUGGGCAUUGACCGCGAACCAGUGGGAUGGUUGUCCCUCGACGAUCUUCAGCGUUUCUCUUCCCACUUUGAUACCCUCACCUUCGAGGUUGGUCGUCUUCCACCACCACCACCACCAACACCACCACCACCCUCUUCAUCAGCAAUACGUGCAUCAGCAAGUAUCUCGUCUCUGCCAUCUUCUCAACCACCGCUCUUUAGUGGCGGAUUGGCACCACUCAACGAGGAUGAAGAGGUGACGGCGGUAACCAUGAAACCUGUUCCCGUUGAAGUAGAGGGCGGUGGCGUUCAGAAAAUCGGGGAAGGUCCUCCGCCGGUGAGACGCUCUCCAGUCGGGUUCAAGGCAGUCAAGGAUGGCGAUGAUGAUGACGAGGAUGAGGAUGAAAUGUACUCCAAUAUUAGAAUCCAACAGAUACAAUUGCUACCCCCACCAGUUGACUCGGUGCAGCCGAGUCUCGGCUUAACUCUGGCAUCAUCCCGUGGCGCAUGUGGGGGUCAACGAGUGGUGAGCGUAGAUCCUGCCUCUCCGGCCGCUGUCUCCGGACUUCAGGUUGGUGACCGCAUCAUCGGAUUGGAUGAUCGUCUCCUUCUCGCCCUCGGCGGUAGCAGUCGAAACUCCGAUUCUGCCCUGCAGGCAAUCGAAUCAGCUUGGCAUCUUCGUCGUCCUCCCUCCGAUAUCCCUCCUCUUACUCUCACAAUCGUUCGACCCACUCCUCUGCCUCUCAAUCCAUCCAUUCCUGUUAGCACCAAACGGAGAGGUCACUUCCCAGCCUUCCCCGCAGUUGUUGGUGCCACUGCUGCAGGAGUGGGUCUUAUGGCAGGGCCUCGCAUUCGCAACGAACCCACUCGUCGUCUUCCUCGUGAUGUUGGAGACAACCUGGAUGUGCAGUUGCAAGCUGGUCCGCCGGGCCUCCUUGUCCCAACCAUCGCAGCUGGGUUGGCCACUGGGGUUUAUCGCGGUGCUGUGGACGACUAUCUCGGACAGCCCUACUAUAACAAUGGCCCGACCAUCAUAGAUUCGCCUCCCUUGAUUCCAAGUGGAACAAGUGGUCAGAUUUACAGAGAUGCUGAUGAUGCUGUUGAAGGCGCUGAUGUCUUCGCAGACGGUGAUGACGAAGGAGUUCAUUAUUCGGAAGAGAAUUACGACAAUAACGAUACACUUGGAGACGGCGGUCGUGGUGCGAGUAAAGGGCCCCUGAAGGCGGGGUCGAGUCCAACCUCACACAUUGUCAUCAAUAGUGAUGAUGACGAUUUUGUUGAGGGUGAAUAUUUUUAUGACGACCCCGUCAACCAUUGCGGUCAUGGAAAGCGACGUGCUGACGACAAUGAUAUUUGCGUUGUCAGCGGUGAGUGUUGCCGUGAGAGUUUAGGCUAA